AUGCCAAAAGACAAGCGAAAGCGCGCCUCAGGCGCUGGCGAUAGCACGCCCUACUCGAAGCCGUCGGCGAAGCAAGCAGCCGCACACUCGAUCUUCAAGAUGGACAAGGACCUCGGACAGCAUAUCCUCAAGAACCCAGGUGUCGCGAGCGCAAUCGUGCAAAAAGCGCACCUGAAGCAAUCAGACCACGUGCUGGAAGUUGGACCGGGAACAGGAAACUUGACGGUGCUGAUCCUGAAGGCAGCGAAAGCCGUGACGGCUGUGGAAAUGGAUCCUCGAAUGGCUGCCGAACUGACGAAGCGUGUUCAAGGCACCGCCGAGGGGAAGCGCCUCAAGGUCAUGCUGGGCGAUGUCAUCAAAACCGAACUCCCCCGCUUCGACGUGUGCAUAUCCAACACGCCUUACCAGAUCUCGUCGCCGCUCGUCUUCAAGCUGCUAAGCCUGCCACACCCACCGCGCAGCUGCAUCCUCAUGUUUCAGCGCGAGUUCGCCAUGCGACUAUUCGCCAAGCCCGGGGAGAAGCUGUACUCGCGACUUUCGGUAAACGUACAGAUGUGGUCGAAAGUAUCGCACAUAAUGAAAGUCGGACGCAACAACUUCAACCCGCCGCCACUGGUCGAGUCCAACGUGGUGCGCAUCGAGCCCAAGAACCCACGCCCGCAGAUUGCCUACGACGAGUGGGACGGCCUGCUGCGCAUCGCCUUCGUGCGCAAGAACCGCACUCUGCGCGCCGCAUUCCUCGGCACGACAGCCGUCCUCGAGCUGCUCACGCAAAACUACCGCCUCUUCUGCGCACAAAACGACAUUCCCCUCGAUGACACACCGCUAGCCGCCGACGAGGAGCUCUCCACCACCGAGCCCGCCGAAACAAUGGACGUGGACACCAACGACGACUUCAAAGGCUUCUCCGACCCGGACGACCCGGACGACGAGCUGCCCGAUUUCUUCAAGCAGCUGGCAGCCGAGUCGCGCGCGCAGCACGAAAAGGGCAUGCACCGCAAGAAAAAGGGACGUGUGAGCGAGCUGGUGCGUGAGAAGGUGCGCAAGGUGCUCGAGGAGGAGACGCAGCUGGCGGAUAAGCGGCCGCGGUUGUGCGAGGAGGGGGAUUUCCUGCGCUUGCUGUAUGCCUUUAAUCAGGAGGGGAUUCAUUUCAGCUAG